AUGGCGGCGCUGCCACGAGCUCUGCUACGGCUACUGCUCGGGCUUCUCCUCCUGGUCACCCCCUUGCCGUCGUCCUCCUCUUCUCUGGGCAUCAACUACGGGCAGGUGGCCAACAAUCUCCCGUCGCCGGAGGCCGUCAUCCCGCUCCUCCGGUCCAUCGGCGUCUCCCGGGUCAAGAUCUACGACGCAGACCCCACGGUGCUCCACGCCUUCGCCGGCAGCGGGGUUGAGUUCGUUGUGGGGCUCGCCGACGAGUGCGUCGUCAAGGUCCGCGACGCCGGCGAGGCCCUCACCUGGGUGAAGACCAACAUCGCCCCCUUCGUGGCCCACACCAAGAUCUCCGCCAUCACCGUGGGGAACGAGGUGCUCACCGGCAACAACAGCGGUCUCAUCCACAGCCUGCUGCCGGCAAUGCAGAGCAUCCACUCGGCGCUGGCGGCCUGUGGGCUCGACCAGCAGGUGGCGGUGACCACCCCUCAUUCGCUGGCCGUGCUGGAGACCUCCUAUCCGCCGUCGGCGGGGGCAUUCCGCAAGGACCUCGCUCCUUACAUCUGCGAGAUCCUCUACUUUUUGGAGAAGACGGGGGCCCCCUUCCUCAUCAACGCCUACCCGUUCUUCGCCUACAAGGCCGACCCCAAGCGGGUCUCGCUGGACUACGUGCUCUUCCAGCCCAACGCCGGCGUGCUGGACCCCGCCACGGGGCUGCGCUACGGCAACAUGCUGCACGCGCAGGUGGACGCCGUCCACACGGCCAUCGACCGGCUGAUGGGGAAGGGGAAGGGCUUCGAGGUUAAGGUGUCGGAGACGGGGUGGCCCUCCAAUGGCGACUCCGGCGAGACCGGCGCGACGGCGGAGAACGCCAAAAAGUACAACAGCAACCUGGCCCGGUUGGUCUCGCAGAAGAUGGGGACCCCCCUGAGGCCCAAUUCAACGCUGCAGGUCUACAUCUUCGCCCUCUUCAACGAGAACAUGAAGCCCGGCCCCGGGUCGGAGAGGAACUACGGCCUGUUCAAGCCGGAUGGCACGCCGGCGUACGAUAUUGGGAUAAGGACGUCCGCCACCAAGGGCGGCGGCAGCGGCGAGGGGGACGGCGGCGCAGCGGCGGGAGGAGACGGGGGAGCCUAUCCCAGCAGCUCUUCUGGGUUCUAUGCCAUCUCUGCUGCGACGAAGGUAGAGUGA